GAGAGAGAGAGAGAGAGAGAGAGAGAGAGAGAGGGUGGGUGUCAGUCUUGAAAGUGUGUGAGUAGAGAGAGAGAGAGGAACACACACAUACAGUCGCACGGCGAAAGAGAGAGAGAGCGAGCGAGCGUCUAUAUGUGUGUGUGUGCGUGUGUGUGUGUCGCGCGCGCCAAAGGUUGAAGGAUCGCUCGUAUCCCUCGUCUUCUUUGGACGGCAUUGUGGGGACUCUUUUAUGUUGUUGUUGUCCAGAGAGACGGACCCUUACUCCAGCAUGCUCACUGAGCCUGAGCUACCUCAGGAGUGUAACAGGAUGUCUUCCAAGCGACCAGCCUCUCCAUAUGGGGGGACAGAUGGAGAUGUAACCAUAGCAACCAGCAGACAGCGAAUGGAGGAUGAGGAGAGCCAGGGACUGGCUGGCGUCAUCCAUCUCCCCCUGGUCUCCUACUGCAGCAAGGUGUCCCCCCGCUCGCCCCCUUUCUGCAGCUUGGACAGCCCCCCCGGCCACACGGAGCUGGAAGGCUCCAAGGGCAACUCCCUGAGCCCUUACACCCAGCACAGCGCUACCUCACCGGGCAAGGAGGAGGGCGGCGGGGGUCGACCCUGCAGCGAGGGGGGCGCCACCACGGGCACGCCGGAGAGACGCAAGGGCAGCCUGGCGGACGUGGUGGACUCACUGAAGCAGCGCAAGAUGGAGGAGCUGAUCAAGAAUGAGCCGGAAGAAGCGCCCAGCAUUGAGAGGCUGCUGUCAAAGGACUGGAAGGACAAACUUUUGGCCAUGGGCUCAGGGCACAUUGGCGACAUUAAAGGUACCCCGGACAGCCUGGCGGAGAAGGAGCGACAGCUGAUGGGCAUGAUCGGCCAGCUGAGCAGCCUGAGGGAGCAGCUCCUGGCGGCCCACGAGGAGCAGAAGAAGCUGGCCGCCUCGCAGAUGGAGAAGCAGAGGCAGCAGAUGGAGCUGGCCAAACAGCAGCAGGACCAGAUUGCCAGACAACAGCAGCAGCUCCUUCAGCAGCAGCACAAGAUCAACCUCCUGCAGCAACAGAUCCAGCAGGUCCAGGGCCAACUCCCGCCGCUGAUGAUUCCCGUCUUUCCUCCGGACCAGAGGACGCUGGCGGCGGCGGCGGCCCAGCAGGGCUUCCUGAUGCCCCCCGGUUUCAACUACAAGCCUGGCUGCAGUGACCCCUACCCACUCCAGCUCAUCCCCACAACAAUGGCUGCCACCACGCCAGGCCUGGGACCCCUUCAGCUCCAGCAGUUUUACGCCGCUCAGCUGGCCGCCAUGCAGGUGUCCCCCGGGGCCAAGCAGCAUGUGGCGUCCCCGCCCAGCAACACCCACUCUCAGGGCGACAAGGGGCGGAGCUCCCCUCUGCCCAACAAGACCAAGGACAGUGAGGGUGCACAGCCUCUGAACCUGUCGGCCAAGCCUAAGGCAUCCGAGAGCAAGUCACCCAACUCCCCCCCAACUUCCCCACAGGUCCCCGCUGCUGCCGCCGCCAAGCUGGGCCCCCUGAAGCACAGCGUGGCCCCCUCCAGCAUCGGAGGACCCCCGGCCAGAGUCACCUCAAUAGCAGACUUGCUGUCCUCGCUGUCGUCGGGGGUCUACCUCAACGACCACGAUGCCGUGACCAAGGCCUUCGCCGAGGCCCGCCAGAUGAAGGAGCAGCUGAAGAGGGAGCAGCAGGUGCUGGACGCCAAGGUGGCCGCCGUCAGCAACCUGGCGCUCAACAACGGACGCUCCGACAAGGACAAGGCCGCCUUGGAGAGUCUGAGUCAACAGCUGAAGCAGCAGGCCGAGGAUAAGUUCAGCCACGCCAUGCUGGACUUCACCAUGAGCGGCGACUCUGACGGUUCUCCCAGCGUGUCUGACUCCAGGAUAUUCCGAGAGGCGCGAGGUCGCGGCAGCAGUGAGCCGCACAUCAAGAGGCCUAUGAACGCCUUCAUGGUUUGGGCCAAGGAUGAACGCAGGAAGAUUCUGCAGGCCUUCCCCGACAUGCACAACUCCAACAUCAGCAAGAUCCUGGGCUCUCGCUGGAAAGCAAUGACCAACCUGGAGAAGCAGCCGUACUACGAGGAGCAGGCCCGCCUCAGCAAGCAGCACCUGGAGAAGUACCCCGACUACAAGUACAAGCCAAGGCCCAAACGCACCUGCCUGGUGGACGGCAAGAAGCUGCGCAUCGGCGAGUACAAGGCCAUCAUGCGCUCCCGCAGACAGGAGAUGAGGCAAUACUUCAGUGUGGGGCAGCAGAGUCAGCUGCCCUUGUCGUCGGGGGGCGUGGUCUACCCGGGCGCCCUCUCCAUGGCGGGCAUGCCCUCACCCCAGAUGCCCUCCGAGCACUCCAGCAUGUCCAGCAGUCCCGAGCCCAAUGCCAACCACCACCACCACCACCACCACCAACACCACCAGACGCCCGCCCACUUGGGCGCCCUGAAGGGGGAGGAGCCGCGCAUCAAGCAGGAGGAGCUGCGGCUGGACGGCAGCAACGGCGACGCCUACGACGACUUCGACUACGAAGACGAGGAGGCCGACUACGCCAGCGACAACGACAACCGCAUCGCCCAAUAGGGUCCCUUUAAGCCCCUCCCACCAGCACCUGGCCAAUGGGCAGGAAGCGUCACUGACUGCUACACGGCGCUCGCACGGCUGCCGGACGGACAGAAAUAUUUGUGGACCUGUCGCAGGCCAACAGAUGACACUUUAAAGACGGCGGACCUUUUUUUCUUAACCAGAAACACUUUUUAAAAGAAGAGAAGAAAAAAAACAGCUUUUUGUUGGCUUCUGGGUUCUCUAAUAUCUCACUCAGGUACACGGUGCCAAUAAGUGGCUUGUGAAUGUGAUUUUGUUCUUGUGUUGGAAUAAUAAUAAUAAUUACCCCGCAUUAUUUUCAGCCACUGAAAAUACGCCCCCCCCCCCCCCCCCCUCAAAAAUCCAGGGACUUUUUUUCCAAUGGUAUUUUAUUUCUUUGUAGAAUUUAGUGUAAUAAGAAGAGCACUGUGUUGUUGCGAGACAAUCCACUUUUCAUCUCGCUCCGUCCUUCCAUGCAGUGCAACAUCCCCCUGUGUGUGUGUGUGCGUGUGUGUGUGUGUGUGUGUGUGUGUGUGUGUGUGUGUGUGUGUGUGUGUGUGUGUGCGGGGAAGACCAGGAACUGCUGCUUUAUGUACUAUAACAGACACACACAUGCACACACACACAAACACACACACACACACACUCACACACACGGUCACCCCCUGCUGACAUCAGCGGGCCGCCAGUCAGUGUUUGCGUUUGUAUUUGAAUACUGUAUUUGAUCUCAACUGCCUCUAUUCUAAUAUUAUUAACAAUCAUUCUGAGGAUGCUCAGCUAGUAAGUUAUGUACAGUAUAAUUUAUUUUUCUUCUCUCUACGACCACAUGACAUUAUUUUAGCAUGUAGGUAUUACAUCUAAACUUUCCUUCCCUUUUUGGUUUUGUAUUAAUCCUGCAUUUAAAAAAAAAAGCAACAAAAAAGUGGGGGCGGGUGAAGCUUAACCCUUUUUACGUCCAAAACCCAUUUCUAAGAAGCACUCAGACUCUAGUCAGAGAAAAGAAGAACAUGCUGUUUUUUAUUAUUAUUAUUAUUAUUAUAAAGUUUAUUUGUUAUUCUAAAUGUAUAAUGUGAAGAUCCCUUUCCGCUUUUUGUCUUACUUAUGGAAGCCCCCAAGUUUACUAUAGUUGGGUUGCAGUGGAACAUCAUUGGCACACACACACACACACACACACACACACACACACACACACACACACACACACAUUCUUGUAUUUGUUACCUUCUUGAGACCUGAGACCAGCCUUUCUAGAUAUAUAAAGAAGUGUAUUUACAACAUUAAUAAUACAUACAUACUAUGCAAAUAUAAAAAAAAGCUUCUUGUGAAAAAUUAGUUGGCAUUUCACAAGAAAAACUUAGAAUUUUGGCAGUAUUAUAAUAAAAGUCGUCAUUCUACUCAACAAAAGUCAAAACUUCAAGAGAAAAACUGAACAUUUGUGCAACAUUACGACAAAAGUUGGUAUUUUACUCAAUAACAGUCGCAAUUUUACAAGAAAAAGCUUAUCAUUUAGGCAAUUUUACGAAGAGUUGUAAUUUUACUCGACAAAAGUCACAAUUUUUCUAAGAAAAUAUUCCAAUUUUGGCAAUAUUAUAAUAAUAAUAAUCAGAAUUUUCCUUGACAAAAUGACAAAAGUCAUAGUUUUACUCAGAAAAUGUCACUUUUACAAGAACAACAAACAAAUUGGCAAUAUUGUGAUAGGUCAGAGUGUUAUAUGACAAAUGUCACCAUUUUGCAUAAAAAAGAAAUCAUUUUACAAAUAAAAGUAAUAAUUUUAUGAGAAAAUAUUGCAAUAUCACAGAAAAAGAAAGAAUAUGAGCAUUUUUUUUCCAAUUUUACUAGAAAAAAGUUGACACGUUGUGAGAAAAAGAAAUGUUUUGUUGUUGAAUUUUUUGUUUGUAAUUGUUUUUAAUCCUCAUUAUUUACUUCAAGUUAUUACAGUAUGUCGCUAUAUACAUAUUUAUUUUAUUUUAUUUAAAUACAUUUUGGCCAAAGGGGGCGCAUUUCAAUUUCGUACACACACUUGUUAUUUCAUAUGUUGACCAGAAGCGGAACACUUUUAAAAGCGACACACAGUCAAUGUGAAAAAUCCCUCCUUUGUGGGACCACACUCAUUUUGAUGGAUAUCACCACAAAUGAGACAUUGUCUAUUAGAUGCAACGUUAUUGAUUUAUGUCAUCACUUGUUCACACCUCCUCUUAUGGAAGAUACUUUUCCUUCUUCAUGUCUCAAGAAGGGGAGAAAUACAAGAACACACACACACACACACACACACACACACACAUUCUUGUAUUUGUUACCUUCUUGAGACCUGAGACCAGCCUUUCUAGAUAUAUAAAGAAGUGUAUUUACAACAUUAAUAAUAUAUACAUACAAUGCAAAUAUAAAAAAAGCUUCUUGUGAAAAAUUAGUUGGCAUUUCACAAGAAAAACUUAGAAUUUUGGCAGUAUUAUAAUAAAAGUCGUCAUUUUACUCAACAAAAGUCAAAACUUCAAGAGAAAAACUGAACAUUUGUGCAAUAUUACGACAAAAGUUGGUAUUUUUCUCAAUAACAGUCGCAAUUUUACAAGAAAAAGCUUAUCAUUUAGGCGAUUUUAUGAAGAGUUGUAAUUUUACUCGACAAAAGUCACAAUUUUUCUAAGAAAACAUUCAAAUUUUGGCAAUAUUAUAAUAACAAUAAUCGGAAUUUUCCUUGACAAAAUGACAAAAGUCAGAAAAUGUCACUAUUUUACAAGAACAACAAACAAAUUGGCAAUAUUGUGAUAGGUCAGAAUGUUAUAUGACAAAUGUCACCAUUUUGCAUAAAAAAUAAAUAAUUUUACAAAUAAAAGUAAUAAUUUUAUGAGAAAAUAUUGCAAUAUCACAGAAAAAGAAAGAAUAUGAGCAUUUUUUUCCCAAUUUUAUUAGAAAAAAGUUGACACGUUGUGAGAAAAAGACAUUUUUUGUUGUUGAAUUUUUUGUUUGUAAUUGUUUUUAAUCCUCAUUAUUUACUUCAAGUUAUUACAGUAUGUCGCUAUAUACAUAUUUAUUUUAUUUUAUUUAAAUACAUUUUGGCCAAAGGGGGCGCAUUUCAAUUUCGUACACACACUUGUUAUUUCAUAUGUUGACCAGAAGCGGAACACUUUUAAAAGCGACACACAGUCAACGUGAAAAAUCCCUCCUUUGUGGGACCACACUCAUUUUGAUGGAUAUCACCACAAAUGAGACAUUGUCUAUUAGAUGCAACGUUAUUGGUUUAUGUCAUCACUUGUUCACACCUCCUCUUAUGGAAGAUACUUUUCCUUCUUCAUGUCUCAAGAAGGGGAGAAAUACAAGAACACACACACACACACACACACACACACACACACACACAUUCUUGUAUUUGUUACCUUCUUGAGACCUGAGACCAGCCUUUCUAGAUAUAUAAAGAAGUGUAUUUACAACAUUAAUAAUAUAUACAUACUAUGCAAAUAUAAAAAAAAGCUUCUUGUGAAAAAUUAGUUGGCAUUUCACAAGAAAAACUUAGAAUUUUGGCAGUAUUAUAAUAAAAGUCGUCAUUUUACUCAACAAAAGUCAAAACUUCAAGAGAAAAACUGAACAUGACAAAAGUUGGUAUUUUACUCAAUAACAGUCGCAAUUUUACAAGAAAAAGCUUAUCAUUUAGGCAAUUUUACGAAGGGUUGUAAUUUUACUCGACAAAAGUCACAAUUUUUCUAAGAAAACAUUCAAAUUUUGGCAAUAUUAUAAUAAUAAUAAUCGGAAUUUUCCUUGACAAAAUGACAAAAGUCAUAGUUUUACUCAGAAAAUGUCACUAUUUUACGAGAACAACAAACAAAUUGGCAAUAUUGUGAUAGGUCAGAAUGUUAUAUGACAAAUGUCACCAUUUUGCAUAAAAAAGAAAUAAUUUUACAAAUAAAAGUAAUAAUUUUAUGAGAAAAUAUUACAAUAUCACAGAAAAAGAAAGAAUAUGAGCAUUUUUUUUUUCCAAUUUUAUAAGAAAAAAGUCGACACAUUGUGAGAUCAAGACAUGUUUUUUGUUGAAUUUUUUGUUUGUAAUUGUUUUUAAUCCUCAUUAUUUACUUCAAGUUAUUACAGUAUGUCGCUAUAUACAUAUUUAUUUUAUUUUAUUUAAAUACAUUUUGGCCAAAGGGGGCGCAUUUCAAUUUCGUACACACACUUGUUAUUUCAUAUGUUGACCAGAAGCGGAACACUUUUAAAAGCGACACACAGUCAAUGUGAAAAAUCCCUCCUUUGUGGGACCACACUCAUUUUGAUGGAUAUCACCACAAAUGAGACAUUGUCUAUUAGAUGCAACGUUAUUGAUUUAUGUCAUCACUUGUUCACACCUCCUCUUAUGGAAGAUACUUUUCCUUCUUCAUGUCUCAAGAAGGGGAGAAAUACAAGAAAACACACACACACACACACACAAACACACACACACACACACAUUCUUGUAUUUGUUACCUUCUUGAGACCUGAGACCAGCCUUUCUAGAUAUAUAAAGAAGUGUAUUUACAACAUUAAUAAUAUAUACAUACUAUGCAAAUAUAAAAAAAAGCUUCUUGUGAAAAAUUAGUUGGCAUUUCACAAGAAAAACUUAGAAUUUUGGCAGUAUUAUAAUAAAAGUCGUCAUUCUACUCAACAAAAGUCAAAACUUCAAGAGAAAAACUGAACAUUUGUGCAAUAUUACGACAAAAGUUGGUAUUUUACUCAAUAACAGUCGCAAUUUUACAAGAAAAAGCUUAUCAUUUAGGCAAUUUUAUGAAGAGUUGUAAUUUUACUCGACAAAAGUCACAAUUUUUCUAAGAAAACAUUCAAAUUUUGGCAAUAUUAUAAUAAUAAUAAUCGGAAUUUUCUUUGACAAAAUGACAAAAGUCAUAGUUUUACUCAGAAAAUGUCACUAUUUUACAAGAACAACAAACAAAUUGGCAAUAUUGUGAUAGGUCAGAAUUUUAUUUGGCAAAUGUCACCAUUUUGCAUUAAAAAGUAAUAAUUUUACAAAUAAAAGUAAUAAUUUUAUGAAAAAUAUUGCAAUAUCACAUAAAAAGAAAGAAUAUGAGCAUUUUUUUCCAAUUUUAUAAGAAAAAAGUCGACACAUUGUGAGAUCAAGACAUUUUUUUGUUGAAUUUUUUGUUUGUAAUUGUUUUUAAUCCUCAUUAUUUACUUCAAGUUAUUACAGUAUGUCGCUAUAUACAUAUUUAUUUUAUUUUAUUUAAAUACAUUUUGGCCAAAGGGGGCGCAUUUCAAUUUCGUACACACACUUGUUAUUUCAUAUGUUGACCAGAAGCGGAACACUUUUAAAAGCGACACACAGUCAACGUGAAAAAUCCCUCCUUUGUGGGACCACACUCAUUUUGAUGGAUAUCACCACAAAUGAGACAUUGUCUAUUAGAUGCAACGUUAUUGAUUUAUGUCAUCACUUGUUCACACCUCCUCUUAUGGAAGAUACUUUUCCUUCUUCAUGUCUCAAGAAGGGGAGAAAUACAAGAACACACACAAACACACACACACACACACUUCCAUGAAGAGAUUAUUCAUAGCAACCAAACAAGUCCUAUGCUGUCGUUUUCUUUCUGUUGUAUGCCAUGUAGAUGAUCCUGUACAUAGUCUUUGUUUUGUGAUAGCAGUGAUUUUAUUUGAGACAUAGGAAAACAGUGUUUACUCCACCGAUGGUGUUCCACCGCAUCUAUUUUUUUUAUUUUUUUUUGUUGCUUUGUUUGAGCUCCACCCGACGCUACAGUAUGGAAGGGAUUCAUACGUUUCAUCAUUUUGCAAUGCAGUCUGCUGAAAAGGAUGGAAAGCGCCACUCUGUAUAGCAACUGACGCAUUUUAAGUGGUUAGUGCGCCCCGCCCUAAUUGGUCAGGUUUCAUGUGUCGGGUAAAGCGUGACCAAUGGGGCCGUAUGAAUCCUCCUUUCCACUGUGUAAGGAGCCAUGACUUCUCCUCCUUUGCCGGUCCAGCCAGGCCCGCAUGCUGGACUCGAGGGGGCCACAAGUGGGUCAAUCAUCCCCGCCCCCGCAUCAAGACAAUAGUAUUUAAGACAAUCAAAGUCACGAGUGGAGCUCAAAGCAAAGUCAGAAUUAUUACAAGAAAAAGAAAAAAAAAUCUGACCAUCUCAACUUGAAAAAUCAAGAAAGAUAAUUAUGUAAAUAUAACAUAGAGUUAUAGAUUUAUAUUUUGUUCAUAACACAGUGUAAUAUAAGUUGUAUAUUUGUUUUUCUCUCUCUUCCUCUGUCUCUUUUAUUGAUGUUAUCCAUGAGUCUCAGUACUCACACACACGCAAACAUGAAGACAAUUAUGAAAGAAACAAUGAAAAAUUGAUCAUUAAAAAAAAGCAACAACAACAAAAAAAAAAAGCCGUGGGCUACCACCACCAUCUGUUCUAAGUUCACCUUUUUUUCAGUAUUACUGCCAGACGAGGCUCUAAUAAAGACAGCAAUGUGUUCGGUAA